GCUGGCUGGCUAGUAUUUGGCGGUGUGGUGUGUGUGUAUGUGUGUAUGUGUGGAUGUGUCUGUGUGCUUGUAUGUGUGUGUGCGGUCGGUCUGUGGUUGUGUUUCAGGUCUGGUCGUGUUGAUAACGACACACUUCGGACGCAUUUCAUCGCGGAGAGAUGGGAAUUCAGAAGAAAUGGCUCUAAAACAAAUUGCCCUAACGCUGCUGGCCCUGCUCGGGUUGGUGGCUGUCGGUAAUGCUCUACGUUGUAACUGUACAAACUGUGAGAAGACAGGCUAUGAGUGUGAGACAGAUGGCGCCUGCAUGGCCUCCACAUACAACUUCCAGGGGAAGAAGCAACAUGUACGCAUCUGUAUCAACCGGGACAACCUGGUACCCCCAGGACAACCCUUCUACUGUCUGAGUGCCGAAGGCCUGCUCAACACACAUUGCUGCUAUGAAGAUUAUUGCAACAGUAUUGACCUGAAAAUCCCUGUUCCAACAAAGGAGGGGGAGUGGCCAGGUUCAGGAAGCUCCUGGGGGCCAGUGGAGCUUGUGGCGGUCAUCGCGGGGCCGGUGUUCCUCCUCUGUGUGCUGCUGAUGGUCGGAGUAUUCCUGUUCCAGUAUCAUCAGAGGGCCUACAGCCACAGGCAGAGGCUGGAGGUAGAGGACCCAUCCUGUGACCAUCUAUACUUGGCCAAGGACAAGACUCUACAAGACCUCAUCUAUGACAUGUCCACAUCCGGAUCAGGCUCGGGUUUGCCCCUGUUUGUGCAGCGGACGGUGGCUAGGACCAUUGUGCUGCAGGAGAUAAUAGGAAAGGGUCGCUUUGGCGAGGUGUGGAGAGGGAAGUGGAGGGGAGGAGAUGUAGCAGUGAAGAUCUUCUCAUCCAGAGAGGAGCGCUCCUGGUUCAGAGAGGCUGAGAUCUACCAGACAAUCAUGCUGCGGCACGAAAACAUCCUGGGAUUCAUUGCAGCAGACAAUAAAGACAAUGGCACAUGGACUCAGCUGUGGCUGGUGUCAGACUAUCACGAGCAUGGCUCUCUUUUUGACUACCUGAACCGCUACUCUGUCACCAUCGAGGGUAUGAUCAAACUGGCGCUGUCAGCUGCCAGCGGUCUGGCACAUCUCCACAUGGAGAUCCUCGGCACUCAGGGUAAGCCUGGCAUUGCUCAUCGUGACCUCAAGUCUAAAAAUAUCCUGGUUAAGAAGAACGGCAUGUGUGCCAUAGCUGACCUCGGCCUGGCAGUCCGCCACGAGUCCAUCACAGACACAAUCGAUAUAGCACCGAACCAGCGCGUGGGCACUAAGAGGUAUAUGGCUCCAGAAGUCCUGGAUGAAACCAUCAACAUGAAACACUUUGAUUCCUUCAAGUGUGCCGACAUAUACGCGCUGGGCCUGGUGUACUGGGAGAUUGCACGUCGCUGCAAUGCUGGAGGUAUCCACGAGGAGUACCAGCUGCCCUACUACGACCUCGUGCCCUCUGACCCCUCCAUAGAGGAGAUGAGGAAGGUGGUGUGUGACCAGAAACUGAGGCCCAAUGUGCCCAACUGGUGGCAGAGCUACGAGUCACUGCGUGUGAUGGGGAAGAUCAUGAGGGAGUGCUGGUACGCCAAUGGAGCGGCCAGACUGACGGCCCUGCGCAUCAAGAAGACCCUGUCUCAGCUCAGCGUGGAGGAGGACAUCAAGAUGUGAGCGGCCAGGCGGCGUAUAAAGACGCGCUGGAGACGCACAACCAGACCACACUCCCAUAGGAAGCAAACACUAAAGACAGACUGCAAAUGAAAACCCUGCCAGUUUUAAAGCCACACUCCAAGUUGUGACGAGGCCUACCUCACCUUUUUAGCCAAAACUACUGAGAGUCACCCUUCCCUUCCUGACUUUUCUCUUCCCCUCCCCUGCCUCCCUCUGUUCCUCGUGUCUCCUCCCCGUUCCCUUCGACCCCCUUCUCCAUGGGCCACAACACUACAGCACUACCACUGUUAAUAUCAUCACACUCAAUUUGUUUUGUUUUUUUUGUUUUUUCAUUUCCCAUGGCAGGAAUUAUUACUAUUGUACAGUGAUGGGAUUUCUUUCUGUUUUGAUCUUUUUUACCUCUCUGAAAAUCUGUCCCAUGAUGGACUCACCUUGUGAGUGAUGAGUGAAGAACGUUGUGGUUUUAUGUUCAAGAAUAAUAACACUUCAUAUUGUGUUGGCCAUGCAACAUCACAUUCUGUUGCUGUGUGUGUGUGUGUGUGUGUGUGUGUGUGUGUGUGUGUGUGUGUGUGUGUGUGUGUGUGUGUGUGUGUGUGUGUGUGUGUGUGUGUGUGUGUGUGUGUGUGUGUGUGUGUGUGUGUGUGUGUGUGUGUGUGUGUGUGUGUGUGUGUGUGUGUGUGUGUGUGUGUGUGUGUGUGUGUGUGUGUGUGUGUGUGUGUGUGGUGUCUGGACUACUAGCAUGUUUCUAAGACACUAAAAUGUCCUCUGGUAUAGGCUGUAGUUCACUGGACAAAAACCAGUAAUGGGUUAUUUGGUAAUUAAAGCAUGGACAGCCGGAUUUAGCUUUUUUUAAUCCCUCACUUGAAUAUCCUACGAACAGAAAGUAGUUGCACUCAACUGUAGCUUCCUCAUCAUGCGUGAGACCUGCGGGGAUCACGUAACGGAUGUGGUCCAGUCCCGGUGUUAGUUUGAAACGUGGCAGGGAUAAUGUUUGGGAUGGUUUUUACUUUUUAUUUAUUUGUUGAUAGUUUUUAUUUCAUAUUGAUGAACACUGUGAGAUGAGACGUGACAAGCCAGUCUUGAGGUGAAAAUAAGCGUUCAGUCCGAGUCUUCACCACCUUUUCAGGCGUUUGAUUUAAGGGGUUGUCGCAUUCAUUUAAUAAGAUACUCGGGUGCAUAUAUGGAUGCACCCAUAGCCCCCUUUGGUGACAGGCAAUGCCAUCGUGCACACUGAGCAAAUAAGAGGCGUAUGAAAUGGCAAUGAAAAACAUUUUUUCUUUUUUAAAUAUAUUUUUGUGUUUUGUGUAAAGACAUCAUGAUGGGUGUUUUCUUUUGACUUUGACAUUAGACACUACUGAUGAUGGGUACAUAUGAUUUGUAUAUAAAACAUGCAUUUUUUUCCUUUUAUGCCACAAGCACCAGUGUGACAUUUUGAACAGUGAUUUUUGCUUGAAUGGUACUUUCAGAAGUCUGUUGUUUGAUCUGUCUGCAUGGUAUCGAACUGUGCCAGGAAAUAGAUGGUGUCAUCUGCUGGAAUUUGUUUCUAACUUGCUCCUCUUAUGGCAAUUUGGUGGUACUACUGAUCCCAGAUAAUUUUGCUGCAACUUCAUUGUUUUUUUUUUUAUGUAUAAUUGUUGGACUUGUUGAGUUCUUUUCAGGGCUCGGUAAUGCAGAUCUGUUUCUCCACAUGUCCUCCAGGGUGGCAUCUCUUUCUCAUUGACACUGGAAUAUUUAGGAGCAUCAUGUAACCUUGAAUUCUGAUACUGCCAAUGGCUAUUUAUUCAGAAAUAAAGACAGCUGCUGACAGUUCACACACAGGGAACAUAUGGUUAGAUGUGAAAAGUAGUUGAGACGUUUUACCUUCAAAGACAUGCUGUAAAGUGAAACUGCAUGUUUUCAUUCUACUUUGUCGUCUGCAGCUCCGAGUCGAUCUGCAGACAAAACUAUGAAAGUAUUACACUGACAUUUGUCACCAUUGGGCUCUGCACUGUUAUGUCCACAUGGACUUUAGUUAACGUUAGUUAUGUCAUCACUUGAUCCAGAAUCCAUGUGUCAUGUUAGUAUCCAUUUUGCAUGCUGUCUCAAACACUGGGUCGUCUGCACUGAGGUAGAUGAACUAAAGACUCGUCUUUCUCUCUUCCUACCUGUCAUUUUUUUCUUUCUUCCCCUUUUUAUUCGGGUCGUUGGCUGUGUACCCCAGAAAUGUUGCUGCUACUGAUAACGUGGGUAGAAGUUCAGCAGGCAGAUCGGAGAAGGAGAGCUGGGAGGGGAAAUGGGAGGCUGCUGUCAGUUGAACCAAAAUUGUCAAAAAACACUCCUGUCCAUGUUUGGUUUGUUGCCAUGGGUAUAUGACCAUCAGACAUCCUGUUCAUGAGUAAUUCUUCAAGAUUUCAAAUCAUGUUGUGCAAAUCUUUUCAGAAUUAGUUGAAAAGUGUAUAUAGAUGAUAUACAAUAAAUUCCUCUUUUUCUUA